AUGUUCAUGGAUCAUGGAACCCACUACUGGACUCUGGAUCUGGACAAACUGGCGUCUUUGGGCUGCGACGGCGAGUGGGAGACCCCCCCUUUCUACCCCCUGGAGUCUGAUCGCAUGGCCUUGUGCUUCAACAACGCGGGUGUUUUCCGUUUGGCACUUUUGCACAGACAGCAGUUGACUUCUACUGCGCGUCCAUCGUAUGAUCACAAUCUGAAGCACUGCGGACUCAGGCAUGCCAUCUGCGAGGUCUGGUCCACCGAUCGGACGGAAUGCUACCAUUCGCACCGCUUCGUCGUCUUCGGUAGCUAUCCAGAACUGCGUGUGGACUGGGAGGUGCCGCGACUGCUUAAGAUGGCACAAUCCUGCAACAAGGAUGAACGCAUCUGUAUCGUCGCCUUUCAAGUGGAUUCGCGGAACCUGGAGAACCAACUAAUGUAUCGGAGGGGAAUAACGGCUCGACUCGCCGAGGCUGGAGUCAAGGUUGCGCGUCUCGUGCGACAGGAGUGUCAGGAGAAGCAUCUGGUCACGCUCAAUGAAAUGUUCAGCAAGACUCAACAGAGUCUUCAGGGUGAGUCUUACUCUUCUCCGCGGUUUAAGCUUAGUCUGCCAUCUAAUCUCGUCCGGUGGGAAUCCUUGCAGUGAUUUAUUCGACCGCCCACCCCUUUGAUGUUCGCUUCGAGUUCGGAUCCGCCACAGACCUGUGGGAGAAUUCGGCGUUUCUGGCCUCGCAAUCGCCCUACUUCGCUGACCUCUUUGCCGCCGGAUUCUUGGAAAGUGUGACGAAGCCCCUCGAUCCCGAGCGCUGCAGCGUUCCAGCGCGUACUGUCCACGUGACCACGGGACGCCUCGAGGAAUACCGCGCGGUGUUUGUCUGGCUCCGUACCGGCUUCAUUCGAUUCGACGAUUCACCCGAAGGCUCGCACGACCAAGCCGCUGUGCAAGACACCAACCUCAUUCAAGCGUCUUCCAUUUACUCGCUUGCCCAGUUCCUCCAAAUCCCAGAGCUCUCGGCCCUUGCCUUGAAGUUUUGUCUGGAACAUCUGACUCCUGCCAAGGUCGCCGAGGAGCUGUUUCGAGAGUGGAGCUAUCUUCACAAAGAGGUUCGUCAAGAACUGAUCCAGUACGCCGUUCGCAAUUGGUCCGAGGUCAAAACCUCUAAGUCCAUCACGGAGGCGUGCAAGACGAUCGGAAGUGACGACUUGCCGUUCGAGACGCAGAGCGUUCUUCUGGAGCUGACGGCUAAAGUUGCAACUGGCAUGUGA